UCGUGGUGGUGCUUUAGAAUUCCAAUGUACUGCGUCCAAGAUCAAAACGAGCUUGUCAACGGACCACUACUAUCCAUUCUGGAGUGAGUUGGAGUGCAGCCAUCUUAUUCACUAAAUUAGCUAGAAGCUAUCGCUUCGGAUCUGCGAUAUGUGAUUUGAUCGAAAUUCUGAUUUUACAGUUUUGGAAUGAAAAACUGUCAUCACGUUUAAUCGAAAUUCUGAUUUCCUGCUUCGGGCAAAAGAAAGAGUGUUAACUUGUCGUUAAAUGGGUUUUCACACUGCUCGCCUAAAUAAUAAUCACAGUAAGAGAAAUAGUGUGGUUCGAUUCUGUUGGCAGUGCAAUGGGUAGGUACGUAGGGAAUCUCGGUCAAAAGAUUGCCCCAUUGCCCAUGGCCCAUGGGUCUCGAUAAAAGAUAGUGACUAUUCACACAACUAUAUUACCCUCUCUCUCCUUUUGGGUUUUACUCUAGUAGCUAUGCAUUUAUGCGUUUUUUCUUAUGGUUCUGUUAAGGUUGUCAAAUCUGUAUCCGACUGGCUAGUUUAAUAGGGUCUGAUCGGAAUUGAUCUUGUAAAUGAUUGGAAUACACUUCGGUUUGACGGCUCUCAGAAAAAAAGUCAAAAUUAGGUUAAACCAAUAAAAAUUGUUUUAAACCAGUUAAAACUGGAUGGUAUGACCAGUAAAAACAUAUUUCGAAGAUGAUGAUUGAUAAUUUAGUAAUAUAUAUUUCUUUUGAAGAAAUAAUUUGAUAAUAUAUGAACAUAGAUUAGUGAGAUUGUUUGAAAAUAUGCCAAAAAUAUAUAUAAUCUAUUUGGUAUUAGAGAUUUUCUCACAUGUUAUUUAUGUUAAAACCAACUUGAACUCAUUGAAUUUGAUUCUACUAUUAAAACCUCAAAACCAAUAGUCAAAUUGGCUCGAUGACUUAAUCUGAUUUGACAACUUUAGUUUUAGUAUAGAGGUAGUAUUUGGUAUGUCAAUUAAUGAUAUAAUCGGUUACCAUGUGACGAGAUCGAGCUCGAGAAAAAUUAGGACUACCUCUUCAACUUCCAUCCAAUUUUCUUUCUUUCUCUAAUUUGAUAAAGGGAGUAAUAAAUCAAUGUCGGGGAAAUGAUUUUUUUACCCUUUGUUUAUAGCUGUUUUGGGAUAUGGGUUUUUUAGUUCUCGGGCGAAGUAGAUGGGUUUGUGUGUUAGUGUCAGAGAGGAAUCCCCACCUUCUACAUAAUUACCUCCAGCAAAAGAGGCACGAAGAGGCAGAAGAGUCGGGUGGAGGGGUACGAGGGGUAUCCGGAUGGUGAAGAAGCGGGCUGGUACCGGAAUAGAGAGCCACAGAACCAGAGGGACUAGCGCAGCAAAGCUCCAGGGUAUGACAUGUAUGGUGGGCACUCUCGUGGGUAUGAUAUGGAUGAUGAUCUUGUGUUUUAGGCUAAACCUCCAACCAUUGAAUUCCCAAAGUUCAAUGGUCGGGAGGAUGCCGGGAUAUGGUAGUAUGUAGCUGAUAGGUGGUUCAAGAACCACACUUGGGAAGAACGAAAGGCGCAGCUAGCGUCAUUUUAUUUGGAGGGUGAUGCCCUACAAUGGUGGGAGUGGAUGGAGCGGUCCUAGGCAGGAGCACAUACAUUGAUCACCUGGUCCAUUUUUAAGGAGGAACUCUGUUAUCAGUUUGGGAAGUCAGAAGGGUGGGCUCCGGAGCAAUUGGCUAAGCUGCGGCAGAUAGGGACAGUGGCAGAAUACCGAGCAGAGUUCUUCAAGUUGGGCAACCCGUGCAAGGGAGUGUCGGAGGAGACGUUGGUAGGGUUAUGUAUGGCCUCCGGCCCGAGAUAGCUGCAGUGGUGUGUGUAUUAGAGCCCGACUCUUUGCAAACCACCUUUCGUCUCGCAAGUAGCAAGGAGGAGGAGCUAGCGAGCUGGAGAAGUACCAUUGGUCGAUAUCAGAAGCCAGUAGGAGGAUGCAGUGGCGGUGGACCGAGCAGCGGGAGCGGAGGGGCGCUAACUGGGGCCAACACCGGCGCAAUCACAGGGUCGACCUCUGCAGUGGUCCGUUUUGGGCCCCGAGCUCCACCAAAAGGAUUUACCAAGUUGUCUCGAGCGGAGAUCGAGCAGAAGAGGAGGGAAGGAAAGUGUUUCAAUUGCGAUGAAAGGUUCACGGUCGGGCAUAAGUGCGGGAGGCUCGAUUUGAUGUUUCUGGCAGGGCGCUGGGAGGAUGAGGCAGAAGAAGAGGCCGCAGAGAACACGAAGCUGGGCCAGGAUUAGGAGCUUCAACCUUGAGGACAAGGUUGUUCUCAAGGAGGCGGGAAUGUUAGAAACACAAUUAAUUGUUAUUUCGUUAUUUUGGGAUUAUUUAUCAUUGUUUAAGGAUUUGGGUUAUUUGGGGGAUUUGGGGAAUAAGUAAGAAGGGUAUUUUGUUAAGUCGAAUUAGUUGGGUAAGAAACGGUAAUUAGUUGG